AUGAACGGAAGGCAGAUGCAGUUAGAAGAUUGGUUGGACGAUCUAUGCGUCCGCUUCAUUAUCAACCUCCCCGAGGAGGAUCUCUCCUCGGUGGCGCGCUUGUGCUUCCAGGUGGAAGAAGCGCAAUGGUUCUACGAAGAUUUUAUCCGACCACUUGACCCGUCCCUCCCAUCCCUCUCGUUACGGGUCUUUUGCUUGCGCAUAUUCCAGCAUUGCCCGUUAUUAGCGUCCUUUUCCGUCGAAAAUCACACAAAAGCGUUUGAAGAAUUCCUACAAUAUAAAACACGAAUCCCCGUCCGCGGCGCCAUCCUCCUCAAUCAUGAAAUGGACUCAUGUGUCCUCGUCAAGGGCUGGAAGAAGGGCGCCAACUGGAGCUUUCCUAGGGGAAAGAUUAACAAGGAUGAGGACGACUUGGACUGCGCCAUCCGCGAAGUCUAUGAAGAAACCGGCCUCGAGCUUCGCGAAGCAGGCCUAGUCCCCGAAGGCAAAGCCAAAUACAUUGAAAUCAACAUGCGCGAGCAGCAACUGCGCCUCUACGUAUUUCGCGAUGUGCCCAUGGACACAAACUUCCAGCCGAGAACCCGCAAGGAGAUCAGCAAGAUCCAGUGGUACAAGCUCUCUGAGCUCCCCACGUUCCGCAAGAAGACGGCCCAAGCCCAAAACGAUGGCGCGCAUGUCGGCAACAAUAAAUUCUACAUGGUGGCGCCAUUUUUGGUACCUCUUAAGAAGUGGAUUGUCUCACAGAAGAAACAGGACGAAAAGAAGCUCGGGAUCACCCACUACAACAUGCAGCAGGCGCAAAUGUCCGUCGACGAUGCCGCCACUGAGGACGACACAUGGGCUCCUGGCCGAGAUGGCGCGAGAUCCCAGAUUCCGCCAAUCGAGACUCUUGAUGGAGCCACACAAGAAUUGCAACGGCUGCUUAAGGUGCAACCGCCUACUCAGGGACUCCAGCAGGCAGCUACUCGCCAGGAUAAGGCUGGCGCGCUGUUGUCUAUUCUGCAGUCCAAGAGCGCACCUCAGCAACAGCAACAGCAACAGCAACAGCAGAUCUAUCCUGGAGAACCCCAAUAUCAACAACAGUAUGCUCCGAACAACGAAUUUAUGCACUUGAUGCAACCACCUCCUCAGUUCCUGCAGCAGGGCAACAACAUCCCCCCUCAAGCGCCAAUGCCAGUCGAGGCGGCACAUCUCCGACAUGCCACCGACUCGGCGCAGCUCAUGCACCCGCGACCAUCUCUCCCCCAGGUUCAAAAGUCCGUCUUUGCGACAACACCUGGACUGGAGAAUCAACCUCCGGCUCACGCUCCCCCGCCUCAGCAAGCAAACCACAACCACGGUAUGGCUGGCCAGAAGCCGGCCAACCUGAGUGGCGCUUCCAUGGCACUACUAAACGCCUUCAAGAGAGAUGCACCACAAGCUCCUUCUUCGCGAGACGAUGCGUUUAGCAAUAUCAUCUCCAAUCUGGGCAAGCCGAAAGAAAACAACAACCCCAUCCCUACCCAUCAGGUACCGCUCCAGCAGAUGCAGAUGCAACACCUCCAGCAGUCGCUACCACCCAACAUUCCCAACCCAUUGAGAGCUGCUGAAUUCCCCUCUCCGCCCAGUAUGCCUAGCUUACCUAGCCAUCCUAGUGAACUGGCUGGUUCCUCCGUCCGUGGAGGGGCUGUGGAUCAUCGCUCUGCUCUACUGGGUAUGUUUAAAGCUCAAGAGCCUGCGCCAGCCGUCAACCACCAGAUGUCACCGCCUCAAGCAUCCCAUGCAAUGCCGGCUCCUCCUCAGCAACAACAAGGCGCAUCGAUUUCGCUAGACCAGCUCUUUAUCUCCAAGCAGCCGCGACAGCCCGCACCGCCUAGGCCAGCCUCCAAUGCCAACACCAACGCAAGCAUUGGAGCCAUGCUCGGAACGCCAUCUCGCCCGUCGUCUGAAGCUCAUGGACUUAUCCCACCCCCAUCCCAGCAGGCCCGCCUCGGCCCAUCACCUCACGCAAUCUACCCUCCCAACUACCAGGGCCCGGGGGCUGGAGGAGCCAGGCUUGGUGGCCCAGACUCGAAGCAGCAGCUUCUCUCCUUGUUUGGCAACAGCCAGCGCUCUGGCCCGCAGGACAUGGUCCAUGAGAUUGCGCAAGGCACGCCAAUGGAGCAUAUGCCCAGUAAGACCAGAGUUUCGUCUCUGGCGUCUAUGGGUGACGGAUCGCGCCGUGGAAGCGAGACACCCAUCUCUCCCGCCGACGAAAGCUUCCUUCUCGGCUAUCUGCAGAGCCUUACGAAUGAGGGGGCAAAGCGAUAGGCCACUUCUACUGUACUUUAUAGUUUUAUAGGGAUGACGGCGGUAGUGUAGUAAACCAGCGUUAUUCAUUUUUUUGUGUAUCUACAAAGAGUUCAACAACAUGCUGUGCACUACGCAGAUUUGAGAUGUGUGUUCUAGAAGAAGCAGGGCUACGUGUCGAUGAUUUACGUGCCAUGUCUCAAUGGCUAGUGUAUGUCUAGCGUGAGUAUCGCCAGACAUUCACAUCGACCGCUAUUUCCACGUUUCUUACACUUUUUCCUUUCCUUCCUUUUUCAAUCCCUUUUCUUUGAUCCUUUGCAUAAUUAAAUUAGACGUUAGUUUCUAUUCCUCAUGAUUGGCCCAAUCCGCCC